CCGGGAUCAGUUGGGGAACUUUUGGGGAUCGUUUCGGGUCCUGGGAUCAUUUCGGGUCCUGUACAGGCCGCUGAUGAAGAGCUAAGCAGAAACCGAGGUGCACGUGGAGACUACUGUGGUCGUGGUGGAAGUCGUGGGAUCCAACAACGUGGUUAAACAAAUCAUGUUGAAAACCAAGACUACUCAAGCGACAGCAGUUAGUUUGACAGAAGACAAGAAAAACGUACAUGCUGUUUCUGAUGAGCCAGUAGUACCAAUGGAAUCAGGAAGGAUGCACUAAUUGACUCUGGCUCUGUCGCUCUCUCGCCUUUGCGCUCCGUGGAAAAGUCACCACUAAAGUAGAAAAGCCCAUAGAGAAAGACAUAGUAGAAGGGUUGAGGGCCCCACCUUCUGGGUUAGUCCCAUAGUUAUUGCACCCUAACCGUCAGGAGACAUCCGCCUAUGUGUGGACAUGCGUCGUGCUAAUGACGCGAUCAUCAGAGAAGGAUUCUCAAAGCAACAAUAGAUGAAGUCUUAGGGCCCGGUCUCACUAGCAGGAUGUUCAGGACAUCUCUGUUUAGAUAAGCUCAAAAACUGACAGAUGUCCGUGACAUGUUACGAAGCCAAGUGCGGCCUAUGUUUUUACGCAACACAACAAAUUGGACGGCGGGACAAAACAUCAAGGAGCCGAUGUCCUGCCCCAGGGCAGGACAUCUACCUGAUAUAGGGGGAAUUCUGUUUUUUUUUUAUUCUUAUCGCGCAAAGAACGUCACUCACACGAAAAACGUAAAUGGUCUCAAAUAGCAACCUUCGAUUCGCCUUCAAAGCUAGAGGUGAAUCCCUACAGAAAUCCCUUAUUUCCAACAAUCUGGCGGCGUGAGGAACGGUCAAUUCUAAGCCAAACAUGUACGUCUUCGCUUUCGGUGCAUAAUACACAACUACAUUUGCAAUUAACUGAGUAACAGUAACAGCUAUGUAUCCGACUAACGCAGCACGAUGUAUAGGUACAUCCAAACGAAAAGCAGCAGAUUUUUUUCUAUUCAUGACUUAAUAUGCAGACGUGCAGUAUGCAGAGAGUAUUUGCUCUUCAAAUCUCCCGCGCGCGAAGGAAACGCAGAUGAAUGACAUACGAUGUUAUUUUUAGGGCUCGUGAUCCACAGAUGUUGCAACCAGUGCGACCUUAAGAAUGUCUGAUAGUGCGUAGAUGUCACGGUACAAACUUGUACACCUAAAUGUCCCUGACAUCUCCUGAACAUGUUGCUAGUGCGACCGGGCCCUUAGAUAAUAUCAAUGGGAGUACCAUGUUUUCAAAACUCCAUCUGCGCCUAGGACAGAGUUAGAUGAAGGAGCGCGGUAUAUAACAACUAUCGCUUCUCACGAUGGGCUAUUCCUUUACAAAAGGUUAAUGUUUGGAGUAAUUUCAGCCCCGGAGAAAUAUCAGCAGAUAGAAAGGCAAGUACUUGCAGGGAUCGAAGGGGUUCAGAACAUAGCAGAUGACUUAGUAGUACAUUGUAAAGACAAAGAAGACCAUGACAGGAACCUAGAAAAUGUAAUCAGACGGCUGGGCAGAGAAACUUACCCUGGAUUCAGAUAAAUGUUCCUUUAGAAUGAACAAAGUCGUUUUCAUGGGUCUGCUGUUGUCUAAGUAUGGAAUCGGUCCUACCAGUGAGAGAGUUGGAGCAGUGCUAGAAGCGACCCCACCGACUUCUGGUUGGGUUCAUUUCGUGUUCCAUUCCCAAUUUUGCCACUAUUGCAGAACAACUUAGAGCAGUUACAAGACAAUAGGCACCCUUUUAGUGGGAGGGAGAACAACAAAAUGCUUUUGAGUUUCUAAAGAAAGCCCUAGUUGAUGCUCCAGUGUCGGUCUACUUUUAUAGAGAUGCUCACACAAGUGUAGUACCGAUGCCAGCCCAGUCGGACUCGGAGCUGUGCUUAUCCAGGAAAAGGACGGUGUUAGCAGAGCAGUAUGUUAUGCAAGUGGCAGCCUAUGCGACGUUGAAAGGCGCUAUAGUCAAACGGAGAAAGAAGCAUUAUCCAUCGUGUGGGGGUUUGAGAGGUUUAAUCUGUAUCACCAAGGGCUAGAGACUUUUGACCUUGUCACUGACCAUGAGCCAUUGAAGAUUAUUUAUUCCAGCAGAUCUUAGCCAUCAGAACGCAUCGAAAGAAGUGUUCUGCGUCUCCAACCUUACAACUACAGAGUGCGCUACGUAACGUCGACAACAUAGCAGAUGCCCUUUCUCGGUUGUCCAAGCAAGUGCCUACUAAGAGAUACCGACAUGAUGAUGAACAUGUGCGUGCAGUUACUUUGAAAGCAGUAAAAUAGGUAGAGAAAGCUUCUUCUAUUGAGGAUGUGGAACUACAAGCAGUGAGGAAGUGCUUGUUAAGCGGAAACUGGACUGAUGCUCCCAAACAGUACCUACCCGUCAGGAACGAGUUGACAUACCUUUGGCACGUCAUCCUGCGUGGAACCAAAAUUGUGAUACCGACAGUCGUAAGGAAGAGAGUUGCAGAGCUUGCACAUCAAGCAUUGUAAAGUAUUGCCAGAAAUAUUGAACCACGCGCAUGCGCGCUAAUAACCAGAAGUUGAACUAACGGCUUUCAAGAAACAACGAAGUUUGUUAAGAAAUGACUUACGCAUAACCCUAAAACGAAUUUUUAACCGUAUCCUCAUGUGAAAAUGAAAAAACCUGCAUCGGAAUCGUAUUUUUCAAAGAUUUAACAUAACAGAUAUAGAAUAAUGUUCGACACAUAAUGAAAAAAUAGUUCGGUUUUGUAGGUUUUAAAAAUAGCGUUUUCAUUGUGUUGUUCGCUAAAUGCAUCUGAAUAAAAUAACGUAAAUUUGUCUCAGAUACCCUUGAAAUAAAACCUAGCACUCAGUAAUAAUAUCUCUUGGCUCAAAACCUGCAUCGGAAUCAUAAUAAAGACAUGUUUACCUUGAGUCUUCAUCGAGAAGAUUGUCUUUACCGCUUCAUCGUAAUUCGGUUUUUGCGAUAUAAAACGCAUGAUUUCCACAUCUCCCUUGAAGUUUUGUUCGUAGUUUCCUGACAUUCGAAUGACAAGUCGAACGUUUGUCGAGAAAGUUGAAGCAUUUUAUCGCGCGCCAUCUCUUUGAAAACUGGCUGUUGAUGUUGCUACGAAUUGUCUAAGACUGCUGGGAGCCCUGUAUAGCUAAAGGCCGUCCCUCUCCAGGCUUUAUCUGUCAAUCAUUUUGAAAUUUAGCGGGAAUUUCAUUGGCAGGUAGUUCAUGAAUGAAGUUGUAGUUUCAUCGUAGUACGCGCGUAGAAAAAAAUACUACGCAAUGUAUACAGUUUAUAAUGACUGAGUAAUCAAAGAAAUGGCGACGUAACGAGGAAACAAAAACGCCAGUCGGUAGGUUUUCAUUCUGACAACACACUAUGUCGGAUAUAUUACAAAGGACGGAUCCAUUCUUCGAGUUUUUUACUGACGGAAAGUGACUCCAGGUACGAGCACAAGCAACGCCUUGCAGAAAACGAUGCGACCCCUCCUUGCUGGCUGGUAUUUAAUCAAAACGAAGGACAUUCGGUACAUCGACCUGCUACACAAGUCUAUAGGGGCCACUCUGAAGAUCAGUUCAAAAAGCGUCUUACUUGAAAAAAGAUUGGACGAUCUAUGCAGGAGAAGUUCGGCACAGAAAAAGAAACUAAACGUACGGGGAUCGGUGAAACAGCGCUUGGACUUUUGCACCAGCGCUUGCAAAGUCCGACUCUUGAGGAAAGAAGUUGUAGAAAUAAAGGAUUUGGUGGAAGAACGAGUCGAGGAAACUUCUUCCAUUGCAGAACGUGAUGAACUAGUUACAGCCUUGAAAGAUGAGGUGCGACGGCUCAAGGGUAAUAAUGACUCCUUUAGACAGCAAAUUAGGCACUUGAAGAGGGAAACAUGCGAUGCAAAUGUGGGGACCCCCAUCCCUGAAUUAAAGACCGAACAAAGUAAAAACCGAAAAAUAAAAAUACUAAAAAAUAAAGCAGUGAAAGCACUUGCAUUUGUAGAAUUGCUUGGCUUAGAGCUUGAUUUUCUCCAAGUAACUGACUCUGUCAAUGAGAAAAACUACAAUCUGGACUUGUCAACAGCAUGUCAAGGUGGAUCCAAAACAACAGGCCAGAAUGCCCUAUACCUGUCACUUAAUGAAAAUGACAAAGCCACUGUAGAAAGUGUUCUAUUUUUGAUGGACAAAUUUGGUGUUGGGGAUGAUUUUAUCCAAAAGGUGUCAAGCAUAGUCGAUGGCUUCCCAAGAGGCUAUAUCAUAAAACAGUGUCACGCAGAGCUCAAUAAACAGUUCAACAUCAGGCCCACUCCAGGACAAGUUCCAGGAGCCCAGUUCUCUUUCAAGGAGAGACUGGUAGAGCAAAUCAAGAGUCUGAGAGCAAGUGGUAUGGUUACAGACCAUGUCAGGAUAAAGCUCAGUGGUGACGGGGCCAGAAUGAGCCGCUCCUCAAAUUUCAUCCUUUUAAGCUUUGCAAUACUGAAUGCACCUGAUGAUCUGCUUUCCUCGAAAGGUUGUGUACCUCAUUUAUAUGCUAUAUCUCUGGCUAUACAUGGAACAAGGCUAUACAUUCCAAUGUUUCUCAUACCAUCUUACAAUUACAUUUUAGGUACACACACAGUGGCAGUUAUCAAUGGGCCAGAGAAGCAUGACACAAUAGCAGAGAGCUUGAAAGAUGUUCUUGAAGAAAUUGAUGCAGUGCAAGAUCAUGGCUAUGUAGAACUUGAUGGCAAGAAGAUAAAUGUAGAGUUCUCUCUGGGCGGAGACUAUAAGGUAACAUUCGUCUACAGGUUCUUAGCAGAAUGUAACAUUUUAAAAAGAAAAACAUCUAGUAAUUUGCUUCUUUUUUUUCAGUUCCUCUUACAAACAAUGGGUUUGAGUGCUGCAAACUCAGAAUAUGCUUGUCUUUGGUGCAAAGUUCACAAGAAAGACAGAGGUGAUGUGAGCAAGGAUGAUGAGUAUUAUGAGAAGGACCCUCUACGCAGGACCCUACAGGAUAUCAUCGAGUGUGAAAAAAGAAAAGGGAGAGAAUUACUGCUGUGUAAAUAAACCCCUAUUCAACAUCGAACCUGACCACAUACUAAUAGAUGAGCUCCUCUUAAUGCUGAGGGUGACAGAUAUCCUGAUAGAUAAUGCAAUAGAAGAUGCAAUGCAGUGGGAUGAAAAGGAAAAGAUCAGUAAAAGAUCAAACAGGAAGCACAAGCCAUCUGAGCCAAUUAGUACAAACUAUACGGUUGUGUGGGGUAUCGUUUCAAGUGUGGGAGAAGCUUAAUGCAGAUGGUAGUGGAAGUGGUACGUAUGACUUCACAAGUUUGAUUGGUAGCGAUAGAAAGAAGCUUCUGAAAGAGCUCCCAGAGAAGCUCAUUGGUGUCCUACAGCCAUCUACAGCUGCUAGGGUAGCAGAAAUCUGGAAGGCUAAAGAAUGGAUAACCAAAUUUGGUAGCCUUGGUGAUGUGAGGCUUGGCUAAAAAAAAGAGCGAGUGACAUGCUACAUGCAUGUUGCAGCCUAUCAUGUUCCAGCCAUGAUAAGGCGCUAUCAAAACCUGAAGCAGUUUAGUGGUCAAGGUCCAAGGUAUGGUGGUCGGACAUAGACCGGGAUGCAGAGAGUAAAUUUCUCCACCCAUAAAGCCUACACAGAUGCUGAGGGACCAUGGCAAGACCUAGCUCUUGAUUUACUUUAGUUUUUGAUUACUACAGUAGAUGGAUGAAGGUUGACCUUGCAUAUUCUACUAACUCUGAGAAGAUCAUAAAUAUCCGGAUAGUCAGUUUGCCAGGUAUGGAGUACCUAAGACCCUAGCACAGAUAAUGGAUCCAAUCUAGUGUCCGCAGAAAUAGAACAGUACUUCACUGAAAUUGAAGUCAACCACACACUAACAACACCACUGUGGCCAAGAGCAAACGGGGAAGUCGAAAGACAAAAUUGCUCACUACGGAAGGCGAUGAGGGCUGCACACGCUGAAAAGAGGAACUGGAGGACUGAGCUGAACAAGUACCUGCUAGCAUACAGCUCAAAAACACACAUGACAACUGGUAAGAGCCCAGCAAAACUACUCUAUGGCAUGAAUCUUAAUACAAAGUUACCUGAUAUUGGAGAGACGGGUGAAGUGGAGCAACACCCUGCAAGUAAGAUAUCGUGACGUAGGGAGGAACGAAGCAGAUGCAGACUAUUCAGAUAAGAGACACCAGUCAGCAGAGAGAGAAUUAGAGACUGGGGACCUAGUGCUGUUGGAGAAAAAAAUGGAGAACAAGUGAUCACCUUCGUAUGAUCAGGUACACAUAGAAUCUCUUCAUGACGUAAAAUACAAACGAAACAUUCAACAUCUGAAACGAUUCAACCAAGAUAAUUCAGAUCAGGAACAAGCUUUUGAAACUUCAGGAAAAGAACCAGGAAAAGAACAGGUCCCAAUGGCAAUCCCACCUAAACACAGAGAGUUUAGGCACAAGUCAAAGCACAAGUUGUAAGUCAGAAGCUACAGCACCCAGAAGAUCUGGUAGAGCUACACAACCCCCGGAAAGUAUCAAGGGCUUUGUUGUAAUCAAUUUAGCGAGUUGUGCGGACGUGCAUGCUUGGACGGAUAGAACUUGUAAAACAUCUUCACCACCACCCUCACCACCAUCUACACCACCAUCCAAAAAAAAAAAGACGAUCUACACCACCAUCUACACCGUCAUCUACAACACAUCUUCACCACCAUAUCUAUCACCAUCUACAACGAAAGGAUUCUCAACGCAUUCUACUACAGCACCAUGGACAACUCGACAGAAAACAGGAUCUACAACACAACCGACCACUCAGCCAACGAGAACACCGACGAACCACGCAGUCCGAAAAACCUCUAUCGGACGACUGCUGGAUGCCGAUGUUCCUGCCAAUUAUGUCGCCCAUCUUAGUGGUCACAAGAAUCUGAAAAGCCUAGAUUCUUAUAAAUCGGCUUCGCUCGUCCACUUAGAAAAGAAUAAAAGAAUAUCUCAUGUGCUGAGCCGCUCGUCAAAAGAAGAUCGAAGUAAAUCCGUCACUACAUUGUCUGCCAGUGGAGAUAUGGCUCACAGUAUUUAUCAUUAGCAGCACAAGUCUAAUAAUGAGCUGUCAGCAACGGGUAUUUUUUCGGGUGCAUUCAUCGGGAAAUUUGAAAGUUUUUCUUUCAAUUUUUCUCAUUUCAGAGGCCCCUCGCACAUGACUGAAGAACGACCACCGAAAAAGCGUCGAAGAAUCAUCUUAAGCGACUCCAAUUCUAUCCAAUUGCAAUAUCCUUGACAUUCUGCUUUCUGUGUAAAGCCUGCUUGAGGCCACAAAGUGUUUAAAACACUAUUUAUGACUCUUUUGUCAGAUUGGAAAGCAGAACAUCGAAUCGUGGCUUUUAUAACCGAAAUGUGCUUGUAACGAUGACGUCAAUAGAUCUUUGUUUAUUUUUUGAUUGACAGGAAAGCCAAUCAAGUGUAAAAAGGUUUUAUUGAUUUUUAGAGGUCCACUGACUAUAUUUUUCAGCUUUUCAAAAUUCUUCGUGUAAAAUAGUUGUGUAUUUAGUUCAAAGUAAAAUGAAAACUAUUUUACCG